AUGGGAUCAGCGCCGAACUGCAGGCUAUAAAUAGGCCGUUCUGUGGCGAAGGGCUCGACGCUCUCAAACCCACACAGGCUGUCUCUCCUGUCAACGCGUCGAGUUCUCCCGCUCCAGAUCACAGGUGGCCUGAAUCACAGCCAAUCAUCUGCUCCGAAUCCUAAAGCACCUUAUCUGCAGCCUCCAGGUUUCUGGCUCCCUGAAGAUUUCUUGAGCAUUUGAGAGAAGAGAGAGGUGAAGAUGAACACUGCGUUGGCCUGCCUGGUGCUCCUGGCAUCCUUGGGGGUACUGCAUGGAGCCGAGGAGACUGACUAUGGCCAGACUCUUUCACAGGACACCCUGAAAGAGCUGUCUCUGGAGGGUGGGAGGUACGUGGAGGAGGAGAUGAGGAGAGCGCUGAUGGGAGUGAAACAGAUGAAGGAGAUCAUGGAGAGGAACGAGGAGAAGCACGAUCACCUCAUGAAGACCCUGAAGCACAGCAGCGAGAAGAAAAAGGGGGCAGCACAGUUGGCCAAAGAGGUGGAGCAGAAGCUGGGGGAGGCGGAGCAGCACUGCCAGGAGUCACUGAAGUCCUCCUGGGAGGAGUGUCGGCCCUGCCUGGAGGAAGUCUGCAAGGCCUUCUACACCUCCACCUGCAGACGCGGCUUCUCCGCCUUCACCUACAAGGUGGAGCAGUUUUUCCAGAAGAUGACCUCCCUGGCCAAUCAGGAGGUCCUGCUGGUGAACGGCAGCGCUGAGGACCUGGACGUGGAGGUGCUGCAGGUGGAGGACUCCUUCGGCAGGCUCCUGCGUCGGGUGGGCAGCCUGUACGACCGGAGCGUGGCGCUGGCGACCAGCAUGCAUCAGGAGUUCGCCCAGGUGUUCCGUGCGGUCUUCUCUCCGGAGACCAGCGGGGGCAGCGUUGAGCACCUCGCUCAGGCACGGGGAGAGCCGGAUUCCUCGGACUUCUUCCAGGGCGUCGGGCUGGACGAGGUGCUGGAGACCUUCUUCAAUUUCAGCAGGAGCGUGCUCCAGGAGUUCAGCUCGGCCGUCACGCAGGUGUUCGACGACAUUCACCAGACCUUCCAGGAAACGGCCGUGCAAAAUGAUAAAAAGGCGUUCCCUCGCUGGGUCCCGUCCCGGAGCAGACAGCUGUGCGCAGAUCUGCGCAGACAGACGUCCGAGUGCUGGCAGCUGAGCAGCCGGUGUGUGCCCUGCCAGGGAAAACUGCUGGAGGAGUGCCCCAGUGUGCGCGACCUGCAGGUGGAGCUGAGCGAGGUGUCCCAGCUGCUCCAGGUGGCCAGCCAGCAGUACGAGGAGGUGCUGCAGAUCGUGAAGCACCACACGGAGGACACCGUCAGCUGGCUCAGCAACAUGGCCUCCAGCUUCGGCUGGGUCGCAGAGCUCGCCCUCAACAGCACUGGGGAGCCGGAGAACUUCUUCAGCAUCUCCACAGUGGUUCCCCAGCCAGAGGCCGGUGAUGACAGCACGGUGGAGGUGAACAUCCUGAGCUCCCCCCUGCUCACCCUGAGCGUACCUGCUGAGCUGCAGGUGGACGACCCCGCCUUCAUCCAGUACGUGGCCCAGGAGGCGCUGGGCAGGUACAAGCUCCUGCUCAGGCACGAUGAAGACUGAGCUGACUCAAACCCUGCCUGUGUCGACACGUUCCAGCACAGAUCCCAACGGCAGCCCUUCUGUCUAAUCCUCAGACUGUACUUCCCAACAUAAAGGCACUUGUGUUUCCUACAGUACCAUGUUCACGGCGUGCUAGCUAAACACAAACUAUAUUUACAUAAUGUGAAAAGUAAACAAAACAUUCAUUAUCUAUUGAUAGUUUGUUGUUAAUGUGUUAUAUAUUUGUAAACUUAAUUUAAUGUGUGCUAUACAAUUGAGUAUCAAUUCCUGGUGUUUUGAUUAAAUUAUUAAACCAUGAACAACAGUCUUGUGUGACCAUUUGUGUAGCUCUGUGUCUGAAAACGGUGAUACACAACCUCUGAGAAUACCCCACAUUCUGUACUAAUAUAUAAUGAUACACAACCUCUGAGAAUACCCCACAUUCUGUACUAAUAUGUAAUGAUACACAACCUCUGGGACUACCCCACAUUCUGUACUAAUAUAUAAUGAUACACAAACUCUGUGGCUACCGCACAUUCUGUACUAAUAUAUAAUGAUACACAAACUCUGGGACUACCCCACAUUCUGUACUAACGGAGAGAAUAAAUCAGGAGGCGGAUCAAAGCCAGGGCGGGGUUUCUGAGCAUGUGCAGACCGCACAGUUUUAGCCUUCUAGAACCUUCCCUGUUCCACCCCUGGGAACCUGCAGUCACAACAGUAUUUUCUUUAGGUUAUACUAGAAAAACAAAGUGGGAAAAAGGCAUCAGACAAAAAACUACUCAAAGCAUGCCACGAGAGGGUGCCGUGUCACCAAUUUCUGUCCAUAAAUUAUUUUGUGGUUGAUACAUUUUUGUGGAUGAGAGGAUUUUCUUGUAACCUCUUCCCCCCCCACACACACACACACCCUUUUUUUUAAAAUGAAAAAACAUUUAGAUAAAAACAUGUUUUUUCCCAGAAAAUACAUUUAGUAUUUAGAGCACUGGCAGGGCUGUAAGCGAGAGAGAAGAACCUGUUCUGCUAAACAGGCUGGCCUUCAUUCCACUGCAGAGCCAACAGCCCGGCCUGCAAGUAAAAACACGGACAUUACAGAGAAGCGGCCCUGCGUACAGGAUCUCCUCUACUAACACAGGAAAUGGCUCUCUCUUCUGAAUGAAUAUCUCUUACGGUGUUACAUUCAUUAUAGUGUACACCCCACGGCCUGGUGUAAACUAUAA